GCAUUGCAUGGAAUAAGAAUAGCUAACCUUGAUUGCUUCUUGCCUGUGGAGUGCACAUUACGCCCCGCGAGCUGUCUGCCGCCCGCCCACCAAUCCGCUUCAUACUUUUGGACCCCUCGAGAAGGCUCGUUCAAAAUUUAUUGUCAUCUCUCCAGACCAUCUCAUUAAUCUGACCCGCUCAUUAUGGCGUCUGGAGAUCGGGAUAUACUGCCAGACGUGCUAAAACCAAAACAUUAUGAUCUUUCACUUUUUGAUCUGGAGCUUGGUGGCUCCUGGAGCUACAGAGGGACCGUGAAAAUUGAGACCAGCAUUGUGAGGCCUACCCAGGAGAUUGUACUAAACGCCAACGACAUAACUGUUCAGGAAGCACGAGUACUGGCGGAUAAUGGUUCAUCUUUAAUAAAAGCUUCUGAUAUAUCAUGGGACAAGAAAUCGGAAAGAGUCACGUUGUCCUUCGACAAGGAAUUGGCUAGCGGAGAUGUUGUAUUGAAGAUUGAUUUCGCGGCCACUAUGAACGAUCAAAUGGUAGGGUUCUAUCGUUCCAAGUAUAAGUCGGCUGGAGUGCCAUCUCCAGACACCCCCAAAGUGGACGAAUUCCAUUACAUGCUGAGCACGCAGUUUCAAGCUUGCGAUGCUCGAAGGGCCUUUCCAUGCCUUGAUGAACCAAACCUCAAGGCCACUUUCGAUUUUGAAAUUGAAAUUCCUAACGGUCUGGUGGCCUUGGGAAACAUGCCCGUCAAAUCUGAGCGAGCAGGAAACAUUCCGGGUAGGAAAGUUGUAUCCUUUGAGCGCUCACCAAUUAUGAGCACCUAUCUUUUGGCUUGGGCAAUUGGUGAUUUCGAAUAUGUCGAGGCAUUGACACAGCGCAAGUAUAACGGGUCUAGUAUCCCUAUUCGCCUAUACACCACUAGAGGCCUUAAAGACCAGGCACAUUAUGCCUUAGAGUGCGCUCAUAGAACCGUGGACUACUUUUCGGAGCUGUUUGGUAUUGAUUAUCCUCUCCCAAAAUCUGACCUUUUGGCCGUCCAUGAAUUUACGGCCGGGGCGAUGGAGAACUGGGGCCUGAUCACCUAUCGCACGACUUCAGUCUUGUUCGACGAGGGAAGUUCGGAUGAGCGAUAUAAGAACUAUAUCGCUUAUGUAGUCGCACAUGAAUUGGCCCAUCAAUGGUUUGGCAAUCUUGUUACAAUGGAUUGGUGGAAUGAUCUUUGGUUGAAUGAAGGGUUUGCAACGUGGGUUGGGUGGUUCGCAGUGGAUCACUUUUACCCAGGAUGGAAUGUUUGGUCCCAGUUUGUGGCUGAAAGUGUGCAAGAAGCGUUCAAACUCGACUCGCUACGCGCAUCUCAUCCAAUUGAGGUUCCUGUGAAGAAUGCUAUCGAAGUUGAUCAGUUAUUUGAUCGUAUCAGUUACGAGAAGGGUAGUUCUAUUAUUAGAAUGCUUAGCAGCUACCUUGGUCAGGAGACGUUUCUUCGUGGAGUUUCAGACUACCUGAAGAAGCAUGCAUAUGGAAAUGCCACCACCGAUGAUCUAUGGUCUGCACUUAGUAAAGCAUCUAAUCAGGAUAUCAAUGCCUUCAUGGAUCCGUGGGUCCGCAAAAUUGGGUUUCCAGUUGUCACCAUCGCUGGGGAUACAGGUCAAAUUACCGUGCGGCAGAGUCGAUUCCUUUCCUCUGGCGAUGUCAAGGCAGAAGAAGACCAAACCAUUUGGUGGAUUCCUCUUAACAUAAAAACCGAGCAGAAACCAUCCAACUCUAUGCCCCAAGCUCUCACCGAAAGGUCGAACGUGGUGCGAGGCAUUGACGAUAGCUUUUACAAGGUGAACAAAGAUCAAUGUGGCUUCUACAGGACGAAUUACCCACCAGAUCGCCUGGCAAAACUGGGCGAGUCUCUUCAUUUGCUUAGCAUGGAAGAUAAAAUUGGUCUUAUUGGAGAUGCUUCUGCACUUGCGAUUUCCGGUGAGGGAACCACGGCCGCGCUACUAGCAUUGCUCGAAGGAUUCACUCAAGAAACUAGCUAUCGGGUAUGGUCGCAAAUAUCAUCGUCGCUAGCCAAUUUACGAUCUGUAUUUGCAUCAAACGAAAUCAUAGCAGCCGGCCUGAAAAAGUUUACAUUGAAGCUGGUGACCCCGUCCAUUAAGAAAAUUAGAUGGGACGUCGAUCCCAAGGAAGACUUCUUGACUGGGCAACUCCGGAGAUUGCUUAUUUCUUUGGCGGGAAGUGCCGGACACGAAGAAACUAUUACCGAAGGAAAACGGAUAUUCCACUUGUGGGCUUGUGGCAAAGAUCCUAACGCGAUUCACCCGACCCUGCGACUUGUUAUAUUCUCUCUUAACAUUGAAGAAGGCGGCCGUGUAGAAUUUGACAAGAUCAAAAACACAUUCCUCCAGACAGAGGCGGCGGACGCAAAAGAGAUCUGUCUUAGCUCAUUAGGGCGCACAAAAGACUCGGAAUUAGUGGGUGAAUAUUUGGACCUGAUUUUCUCGGACCACGUUGCUAUUCAAGAUAUCCACAGUGGUGCUGCAUCUUUGGCGUCGAAUUCUCAACACCGCUAUUUAUUGUGGGAGUACAUGAAGACUAAUUGGGACAGUGUGGUGGUCAAAAUAUCGUCAAACAAUGUGGUGUUUGAGCGAUUCUUGCGUUUAGGGCUGGCCAAACUGGCGGACGGGGCCGCUGCCAGAGACAUCGAGGCGUUCUUCCAGGACAAAGAUACCGGGGGCUAUGAUCGGUCCCUGGUGGUAGUACUGGAUAGCAUCCGUGCUGAUGCUCGCUACAAGACGCGAGACGAGCAGUCGGUGGUAGAAUGGCUGCAAGCACAUGGCUAUGCAUAGAAUACAUAGGCGGGCGAGGGAGUAGAGCAAGAUAUAUACAAAAUUCAACACAGUCAACACAAUCAACACAAUCAGCACAAUCAGCACAAAUCAACACAACAUCAACUGAUCAUAAAUGUAAUGUAAAUGACCAUGUAGAGAGCAACG